AUGGAUGAGAUACUUGAGAAACCACCAAAGCGACGAACUCCGCUCAACAAUGUUUUCUAUACGGAGAUUUUCUUUGCUCUCUUCACAUUGGUGCUCGGCUCGUUGGCUCUUCUCAUCUCUCGUCCCCCAUUAUUCCUCUGGCUUCCCUCCGUCUUUCUCCUCUUGGGCACCACUAUCUCUCUCUCAUCGCUUGUCUACCUCAAUCGGGGUCUUUCGCACCAAGGCUCGUCGAAUCUCAUGCUCUACUCACUCAUCUCACUUGUUCUCAUCAUUUUUCGAUUGAUGUGCUGUUCGCUCCUUCUGUUGGCUUUAUUCUCUCCGCAUUCCCAUCCGCCAAUCACAAUUCCUCUUUUCGGCAUCACCGUUCUCCACGUUUUCUUCGGUUUCUUUGCGAUUGGUAAAACGACGGCUUUUCGCUCUCAAAUCGACAAAAAACGGAAAGCGGCGAAAAACAACGGAAUCGAGGAGAUUCAGGUGUCAAAUCUCACUUCGAAUUACAAUUUGAUCGCGCAAUCGAAUGCGACUCUUUUCACGAAUAUUGAUGAACAUGAUGAGUAUUUGAUUAGU